GAGUUUCUUUACUGUGAAGUAUACCCUAUAAAAGCUGAAAAAGAAAAGGAAAGUUGAGAAAACUAUACUAAUAUUUAUUCUUUACUUCAGUAUUAAGAGCUUAGAAAAUUAAAAUUCUGUCAAAAAUUAUUGCUGUAAUACCGCGAAACAAGGAUGAGACUGCCAUUACUGAUAGCUAUUCUACUCCUCCUCCACAGCCAUCUUCUUCAAGCUAAAUUAUCCUCUCGCUUUCUCCUUCCUUCAGAAGAAAAAUUGUCAAUCCGUGUAGACGAAGUUGUGACGGUCGAUAAACGUGGAGGUGGUGCAGCCGGUGGGCACGGUGGUGGUCACAGUGGCGGCUCGGGAGGAAGAGCAUCGCGCGGCGGUGGUUCAAGAAAGUCACCUUCAACUGCUACAGCAGGUGUGAUCCCAGUGUACGUAGCUGGAGCUAUGAACCAUCACAAUAUCAACAGAGGUCACAAGCAUAAUGCUGGGACUACCCUCAACUGCAUUUCUUUUUCUUCCUUGCUUUAUAUCGUCUGCAGUAUGCUUAUUAUGAUGCUGUAAUUAUACACGUUGUAUCUUUAAACUGUUUGUAAAUUGUAAUUAAAACAUGUUAAUAUGAGUGAUGAAGCUGAAAAGGACAUGUAUUAAUAUUACUACUUUUUAUUGUGCAAUGGGAUACCAUUAGUUUUGGUUGGA